AUGGGCUUUCCUCCUCCCAGUGGAGUACACGUGACUGACGAUGCAUUAAAGUUGUUAAACCCACCAGAAGAACCUCCUUUAGACAAACAUCGCAUUAGUAGAGAGGGUGGUGCUCUGUUAGUUCACAGGGAGUUAAGUAGUUUGGCUCAGAAGAGUACGUUGCAAAUGAAUAAGAGCAUUAAGCGUACAGCGGCUAAUCGCCUUCUAAUGCGUGUAAGAUCUAUGCUUAAGCGAUUUCCACCAAUGGAAUGUUCUCAGACCGACUACGAAGAUAUCAUAACUAGCCAGCAUUCAGUAGCCCGACGUGCGGUAUUGUCGUCUUUCGCUCCUCCUUCACUGAAACCUCGCGCUACGCCCGUCUUGGCCGUCGCAAGAUGCCGAAACGCCGGUGACACUAGACUUUCAAUUCGACAUGUCGAAACAAACUUGAAAGCCAAACCAAACCAUCCUCGGGUGCUUCUAUCCAAAGUAUUACGCUGUCUCGAAGGCAGGAACGAAAGUGAUGCCCUAAAUUAUUUACAGGAAGCUUUGAAAGUCCAUUCCAGAAACAGAUAUUUGUUGUGGACGUUUGGUGGCAUUCAGUUCGAUAAGGGUCUGGAGGCCGCUGAGAAAGCGGCAGCCGCUUUUAGGAUAGCCGUUAAAGGUGAUACGUCCGAUGGCACCAUAGGGGCAAUUGGCUGGGCGGCGCUACACGCCAUGCAUCACUUUAACGGCAACGACUAUGCGGCCUUCGUUGCUGCUAAAAAGAUGAGGAAAUCCUUUGAGCUGCCUAUAGAGUGGAGGAAGUGCUUGAAGCGGUGGAUAGACUCCAGUGGAGAGGAGGAGACAUUUUGGAUUCCCGCCGCCAUUGAUGCAAGGAACCCUUUAUUAAUCUCCGCUGCCUUCUUCCUGUGUCUACGAUGUUUCAAACUUACGGACACAUGCCUUCGGUGUGUUGAAGACGGUUGUUAUACGCGUGGAGCCCGUACAAAUAUAGCGUAUGAGCCGCAAGCUGAAAUUCACUAUCUGCGAGUGGCUUCGUUUAUGGUGCGUGGAAAUUUGGAUUGGGCAUUGGAAGUAGCCGAGCAGGGGAUAAAGCGGUUCGGGCCUUGCGCGUUAUUGACCCAGAUACGCGCCACCUGCUUAGCGUUCGCUAGGGGCUGGGACGGUGACUGUGAAACCGCUUUAUUAGACGCCGAUAAUGCUGGUGCGGAGCCCUGUGCGGCGUUGCUUCUGCGUGCAGCUCUUGGCGGUAUGAAAACCGAUCUAAACGCUUCUCUGCAAAGAGCCUCACGCGCGCACAAAAUAGCCCCAUCUGGUCACACCGCACUGACAAUAGGCAGAAUUUAUUGCAAAAUGGGCGAGCAGCAACUUGCGGAGCGAUGGGCUGCAGCUGCUGUCAAUUCUGAACCAUUACUCGCUGACGGCUGGGCGUUUUUAGCAGUACUGGCAAUGUGCAAAAGGGAUGUUAAUAAAGCCAAGGCACUGCAUCGCACUGCGAAACAAGCGGGGCCAUUGAACAAAGAGAUCGUUUCAGAACUAGAUCGAUUAAUGAAGGUCCUGAAUGUAGAAGACUUGCCAGACGUUAUGGCCAAAGAUUUAUGCCUGUGCGACUAUUAU